UGCCCCCCGGGACACCGCUCGGUGCCCGCCACGCCGCAGCUCCGGUGACCUUAGCCCGGGAGCCAAGAUAAACUCUUCGGGAAGCGGCUGCUCCAGGCCGGGCGCUACAUCAUGUCCCACAAGGCCUGGAUGAAAACGGUGCCCACGGAGAACUGCGACGUGCUGAUGACAUUCCCGGACAGCACGGAUGACCACACGCUGCUGUGGCUGCUGAACCACAUCCGCCUGGGCAUCCCCGAGCUGAUCGUGCAGGUGCGGCACCACCGGCACACGCGCGUCUACGCCUUCUUCCUCACCGCCACCUACGAGAGCUUGCUGCGCGGGGCGGACGAGCUGGGGCUGCGCAAGCCGGUGAAGGCGGAGUUCGGGGGCGGCACCCGCGGCUUCUCCUGCGAGGAGGAUUUCAUCUACGAGAACAUCGACAACGAGCUCGGCUUCUUCAGCUCCCAGGAGAGGCAGAGCAUCAUCCGCUAUUGGCUGGAGAACCUGCGGGCCAAGCAGGGCGAGUCCCUGCACAACAUCCACUUCCUGGAGGGCCAGCCCAUCAUCCCGGAGCUGGCCGCACGGGGGGUGAUCCAGCAGCUGUUCCCGCUGCACGAGCAGAGGAUCCUCAAGCGCCUGAUGAAGUCCUGGGUGCAGGCGGUGUGCGAGGCGCAGCCCCUCGAUGACAUCUGUGACUAUUUUGGGGUGAAGAUCGCCAUGUACUUCGCCUGGCUGGGCUUCUACACCUCGGCCAUGGUGUACCCGGCCGUGUUCGGCUCCAUCCUCUACACCUUCACCGACAGCGACCAGUUGGUGCCGUCUGUCCCCCAGACCAGCCAGGACAUCUCCUGCGUGGUCUUUGCCAUCUUCAACGUCAUCUGGGCCACGCUGUUCCUGGAGGAGUGGAAGCGCCGCGGCGCCGAGUUCGCCUACAAGUGGGGGACGCUGGACACCCCCGCAGAGUCCCUGGAGGAGCCGCGGCCCCAGUUCCGGGGCACCAAGCGGAUCAGCCCGGUGACCAGCGCUGAGGAGUUCUAUUACCCACCCUGGAAGCGCCUCCUGUUCCAGAGCCUCGUCAGCCUCCCCGUCUGCCUGGCCUGCCUCACCGUCGUCUUCCUCCUCAUGCUCGGCUGCUUCCAGCUCCAGGAGUUGGUGCUCAGCAUCCAGGAGCUGCCGCGCGUCCUUCGCUUCCUGCCCAAAAUCAUCCUGGCUGUCAUUGUCACCACCUGUGACGAGCUCUACAAGAAAGUGGCCUUGUGGCUCAAUGACAUGGAGAAUUAUCGGCUGCAGAGCGCCUACGAGAAACACCUCAUCAUCAAAAUGGUCCUGUUCCAGUUCGUCAAUUCCUACCUGAGCCUUUUCUACAUCGGAUUCUACCUCAAGGACAUGGAGCGCCUCAAGGAGAUGCUGGCCACGCUGCUGAUCACGCGGCAGUUCCUGCAGAACGUGCGGGAGGUGUCGCAGCCGCACCUGUACCGGCGGCUCCGGCGCGGCGAGCUGAGCGUGCGGAGCCUGCGGGAGCUCGGGCGGGCCCUGCUCCGCCUGCUCGCCCCGCGGCCGCCCCCGCACGGCCCUGCGGAGCGCGGCGAGAAGAAAUGCCUGAACGGCGGCUGCGGCGUGCCCGAGGAGGAGGAGGAGGAGGCGGCAGCGGAGGAAGAGCGGCGCGGCUCGGACUCGGAGGAGGAGAGCGCGCUGGACUGCGGGCUGAAGCUGAAGAAGGUGAGCUUCAUCGAGCGCGCCGAGCGCCGCGCCGAGCCCGCCGGCACCGAGGACGAGCCCUUCCUGGAGGAGGGCAGCCCCACCAUGGUGGAGAAGGGCAUGGACCCCGCGGCCGUGUUCGAGCUCUGCGAGGAGGAGGAGGAGGCCGAAGCGCAGCCCGGCAGCCCCGGCAGGGCGGCGGAGCCGGCGGUGCUGGCGAGGAGGAGGAGGAGGGAGGAGGAGGAGGGCGAGGAGGAAGGGAGGAAGCGCAACCGCGCCUCGUGGAUCGACCCCCCCGAGGAGGAUUACUCCACGCAGCUGACCCAGGCUGAGGUGGAGAGCUGCAUGAAGAAGUAUGAGGACACCUUCCAGGACUACCAGGAGAUGUUCAUCCAGUUUGGCUACGUGGUGCUGUUCUCCUCGGCCUUCCCGCUGGCGGCCGCCUGUGCGCUGCUCAACAACGUCCUGGAGAUCCGCAGCGACGCCUUCAAGCUCUGCACGGGCCUGCAGAGACCCUUCGGGCAGCGCGUGGCCAGCAUCGGCCACUGGCAGAAGGUGAUGGAGGCCAUGGGCGUCCUGGCCAUCAUGGUUAACUGCUACCUGAUCGCUCAGUGCGGGCAGCUGCAGCGCCUCUUCCCGGGGCUCAGCCCCCAGGCCGCCAUCGUCUGCGUCGUGGUGCUCGAGCACUUCGCCCUGCUCCUCAAGUACGUGAUCCAGGUGGCCAUUCCCGACAUUCCCGCCUGGGUGGCCGAGGAGAUGGCCAAGCUGGAGUACCAGCGCCGUGAGGCCUUCAAGAAGCACGAGCGGCAGGCCCAGCACCAUUUCCAGCAGCAGCAGCGCCGCAAGCGCGAGGAGGAGGAGCGGCAGCGCCACGCCGAGCUCCAGGCGCGCCGCGACCGCGACCCCGCCCGCGACGAGGCCGCCAAGGCCGGGGACACCGGGCAGGACCCGGCGCACGACAAGGGCCAGGCCAAGGGGAAAAGCUCCGGCGGCUCCUCCGCGCACGGCCCCGACAAACCCAAGCGGCCCAGCUCGCUGCUGGCCACCAACAACGUGAUGAAGCUGAAGCAGAUCAUCCCCCUGCAGGGCAAGUUCCUGUCCGGGGGCACCGGCGCGGCCGGCACCGCCACCGCCAGGUCGCCGCAGUCGCCCACGGGCAGCGAGAACAAAUUGCCGGGGUUCCUGAGCUUCAAAUUCCUCAAAUCGCCCGAGACUAAGCGGGACGCGGGCACCGAGAAGGUGCAGUCGCCCACCAAGCCCUUCAACCCCGGCAAGCUCUUUAAUUUCGGCAAGUCCGAAGGGCUCGGUGCCAACGGGGGCGCGGCCGGAGCGUCCCCGCAGCCCCGCGCGGGGCCCUCGGCGGACGCGGGGCCCGGGAAGUCGCAUCUCAACGAGGAAGGGGCGCGGGAGGAAGCGGAGAACCGGGCGGAGGAGGAGGGCAGCGGUGCCCGGCUCUGACCGGGGGCUCCGGGGGGUCGGGAGGAGCCGGGCGGGGGAGGAGAGCGGCGGUGCCCGGCUCUGAGCGGGGCUCCGAGCGCACGGGGAGCCGGAGAACCGGGCGGAGGAGCAGGAGGGCGGCGGUGCCCGGUUCUGAGCGGGGCUCCGGCGGUUCCGGCGGCUACGGGAGCCGCCCGGUCCCUGCUGCGCGCGGCCGUGGCCG